UCAAUUUUCUAUUACAAAAUUGUAAUUUACUGAAAAUAUCAAAGUCAAAUAAAAAGAUUUAUUUAUUUAUGUCUCUUUCAUACAUACAGCAUGAUAAAAUAUUACAAUAUCACAAUAUCUUAAAAAAUACGUAUGCGUUCCUAUACAGUAAUAUAAGAGACAAUUUGAUCUAUACACAUUCACCUAUUCUAAAACCUAAUAUCUAUUAGGAUGACUAAGUCACCAACAUAAAACUAUUAAAAUCCUUAAAAGUGGGUAUACGUUCAAACGAUUACUUACAUAAAAUUAAAAAGCAUGAGAAAACUGCGAAUCUAUCUGUGGCUAGCUGCAGAUAAUUGCUGUAGGGAAAUUUGGUGUUUUACGGAAAUUUUGAAUCUAUCUGUGACCAAACCAAGUAAAUAAGAGCUGUCAGAGGACAGCAAUGCUCGACUGUUCGACAGCCUUGUCAACUGAAUGAAUAUCAAAGUAAUAAAAUUGGCAUAAUUUGUAAAAUUGCAGGAUAGGGUUAUGGAACCUGUACAAUGCAUAUCAGAUCAUGACAAUGGGCAAUUGUGUGAAGUUUCAAUCCAUUCCCACAAGUAGGUACUAAGAUGCCAGCUUACAUAAAAACAGAACUUGCAAAGUAGAGUUAAGAAACAUGUGUACCGAUUGUCAGAUCAUGACAGUAAACAGUUGUAUUAAAUUUCAAUCCAUUCCCAUUAGUGUGUACUGAGAUACCGGCUCACAUUCACAAUCUUAACCAUAAACUGCUAAGUCAAAAACAAAAAGAAACAAAAAGGCUUAUAGUUUUGUAAAACUGUAAAAACGCAGAGUAGAGUUAUGGAACCUGUGCACUGUAUUUCAUAUCAUCACCGUGACCAAGUGUAGGAAGCUUCAAGCUAAGAUAUAAAAACUUAACCAAAUCUAGACGUCUACAUGGACGCCGACCCAGUGGAGCUAAAACUGCUUUAAGACAUCAACAUAAAGUAAUUGCCUAAAGAAAUCUUUUAUAUUGACAAAGGAAAGGUAACAAAAAUGUCUCUACAUGGGAGAGGAUAUUACAGAACAAUCACACAUUGAAAUGGACGUGUAAGAAAAGAGUAAUUAGUCAUACCUCAUCAUCCUGGCAAUCAUUUAAAACCAUGGUGGAUUGUUCUAUCAAGAAAUUGGCGUUACUGAUACUGAUUGUUGCAACAUGUAUAGAGAUAGCAUUCCUCCUUUCGAUGGUCACAUACUGGCGUCUAUUAAGGGAAGAACUUCUGGAAGAUAAACAACAACAACAGCAGCUAUGUUACAGCUUAGAUCGAAUUUUUACCAAUUCUGAUGAUAAAGAUACAUGCCCCGAAGGCCUUAAGAUUAAUAGGAAACAUGAUACAAAAACAUGUUGUGGAAACUUGGAUUUAAUCCUUGAUAACUUAGUAACAAAGGUGGUGUCUGAAAAGUAUAACAGUGAUGCAAAUCCCGAAUUGCCUUCGUUAGAUCUUAAAUUGGACCAGUGCAACGUGACCAGAAUGAAACCGCCAAUGGUAAAACUUGUUGAACUCGCACGUGACAAAAAUCCAGAGGGCAACUCUUCAAAAAUAUUCUGGAAUCCGAAUAUUCAAAUGUAUGCUACAUCCGGUCUGACAUACAUGCCCGAUGAAGGUACAGUAUGUGUAUUAAAGACAGGAUACUACUUCAUUCACUCGCAAUUAAAAGUCAAAGUCGUCAGCACAAACGAUACAGAUUAUGAUGUCCGUGAUAUCUUCACUCACAACGUUCAUCUAAUCCCCAUUGAAAAGGACACGAGCUCUAUUAUUCUAGAAGAUAGAAAUUCCCAGUGUGAAAUGGCAUCAAAAGAGUCCGAAAUCACGAGCGCUGUUGGUGGUGUCUUCUGGCUUGAACAGGAAGACAGACUGUAUGUUGCAACAUCACAUCCCACACGUCUAGUACAGCGAGAUAAUUGUAUUGUCUUCAGCAUGCACAGUCUGUAAUUGAUUUUGUUACAAAGAUGUUUAGAAUAUAUUUAAAUAAAACUUGGUAAAUUGAUUGUCUGCUGGAUAAUACAAGCACAAUUUUAAAAUGACAUGAAAUUAAGGAAUUCCUUUCCAACAAAAUGGUCUUCUUUAUAAAAUGUAAUGCCAUAAUUCCAGAGAUAUCCUUUUUCAAGACAUAAUACAAACAUGAGACUAUACUGAAUCCAAAAAUUAUUGAAAUUCUUGUCAUUUUUUAAUAACUGCAGAAUAUGAAUAUUAUUGUACAUGUAUACAAUAUUCAAUUAAAUGACAUAUUUAUCAUAAAAAUUUACCUUGAUCGUUGAAUGAAAUAAUAUUUAUUUUGCCAGAAAAUAGGGGUAUAAACGAAACACAAUGAUUUGAUAUUAUCCCAUUUUAUUUUAUGCUUAUUGGUGAAAUACUGGAAAAUAGCAGUGAGAUAUAAAUUGAUAUCACUCACAGUGCCGAACUUCUUUUUUUCCCAGAUAAAUUAUCUCCCUUGAAAUAUAUUCUUUAAUUACCUCCCUUUGCUGCCUUUAAAAUUACUGGAUUAUACUAAUACUCGAGCCACACACGAGUCAUUAACUGCUAGACAGUCCCAUAUAGAACAGGCUAGCUAUAUAAUUAAAUUGUUACCUUUGUCAGCUUGGUUGCUACUGGGCCUUGCCAUUCAUGUAGCUACAGAUAUGUGUGUUUCCUCUACUUUUUUCCAUUGGUUCACUAUCGUGUGGUAGAUUUUACUGGCGACAGCACAUUUGGUUGGUUGUUGUCUUAGUUAAUUAUCACAAGACAUCAACUCAACCUCACGUCUAUGAUUUACUAUUUUUGUGAGUAUUGUGUAUAAUGGUUAACAUCACUUUCACUUAUUUUAUUAUUACGAUUUUGACGUUUAUUAAUUGUCAGUAAAACCGAAAGACGCAAAAAAAAUACACUUGUAUAAUAAUACCUAUACAUCUUAUUUAACCACAUUAUAAGCCAUAUUUUUUUUCUUAACAACUAUGAAGAGUUUUAGAAAAAAUUACAUUGUAGAAAAGUUUCUAAAAUGUUACGAAAGUUAUGAUUUUACAUAGACUCCCAUAUAGAAAAUUGCGUGAGUUCCAUUUUCUAAGUCAGUCUAGCAAAAAUCAAGCACACGAUCCUAUAUUUUUUGAUGAAUUUUAUAAGUAUAUUCUGAAGUUUUGAAAAAUCAGAGUUUCAUCAAAUUCUACAUUCUAGAGAAAAAAUCGAUUCAAACGUGUAGAACAACUUUAAAGCUAUUGUUCUCCAAUUAAUGGGGAAAAUGCCCAGUUGGGACAAAAAAUGGAUUUGUUAUUCUGUUAUUCUAUGUCUUUUAUAGUAACUGAGUACACAAAAGUUUUUUCAUUAGAUUUUGAUGAUCUUGUAUUAAUUUUGAUAUUUUACUUACAUGUUUAUAAUGAAAGAUAACUUUUGUUGAUGAAAAAUGAAGUCAGAUUUAUGUCACAGUAUCAUAUGAAUAAGGCUGUUUGUUUGUUUGUUUUGGGUUUAACGCCGUUUUUCAACAGUAUUUCAGUCAUGUAACGGCGGGCAGUUAACCUAACCAGUGUUCCUGGAUUCUUUACCAGUACAAACCUGUUCUCCGCAAGUAACUGCCAAAUUCCCCACAUGAAUUAUCAGAGGUGGAGGACGAAUGAUUUCAGACACAAUGUCUUUUAUCAAAUCGUCAGGGAAAACAUACGCCCCUCCCGAGGAUCGAACUCGCGACCCCGUGAUCCGUAGACCAACGCUCUCCCUACUGAGCUAAGCGGGCGGGCUUGAAUAAGGCUGAGCAGUAUAAUAUAUGUUUAUAUAAACUGAAUUUAAAAUAUGAUAUAUAUCAAAACCAUAAUUCGGUAUAAGUAGAAACGACGAAGAGGCUAUACGUCUGCGGAAUAAUUUCACAAGGGCGCCAUUGUAUGGCACCAAAUGCCAAAUAAUGUGUCAAUGUGACAUCAAAGUUGUGUUUGAGCAGGGGUGGAAUAAAAAUGUUUGCUUUUUUAUAUUCAAUUUAUAAGACAUAUAAGUUAAUGAUGAUUAAAGAAAUGUAUGUGUUGUACUAUUGUAAGCUGUCUAGUUUGUCAAUGUCAAGAGAGCGCUAUAAAUAGGCAUAUUAUUUCGGAACGUCAUGUUUUCGCCGAAAUUAGAAAAUCAUUUCUGGUAACAGUUUUUCAAAAUUUUGGACCGUCAGUCUUUCAGCACAUUUGCUGUUGAAGCUCAGAGCAAUCCUUACGAUGUCUUAUAGAUCCCGAUAUUCCGAAUGUUCUAGGUUCUGAUGCUAGCAAGUCCCGGUGUUAUAUAAACAUGACGUAUAACUUCGUUUACACUGUACAGAGGGCAUACAAAUUAUUUUGUUAAUUCAAAAUAAGACGUAAAACAGGAGAAAAAGACGAUUUUAAGUACACGAAGUGAUCAUUAUAUAUAGCUUAAUUAAACGCGAGUUUCAAAUUCAAUCAAAUUGUAAAAAGUCGUAACAAUUUGCUUUAUUAAUAGUUUAAGUAAUAUUUGCUCCGUCUACUUGAUGAUUUAUGAAUAGAAUUACACUUAAGAUAUAUGGGUUAAAUGUAUCCCAUUGUAGCUUGACAUGAAUAUGAUUUUGCUGUGUAAAUAUCUAAAGAAUAUUGUAAUAAUGAACUUUAGUCACACAUGUUUGAUAACCAUGUAUUUCUUGUUUAUACUAAUGCUGUUUCAUGAUUUCUUAUGUAAAUGUACAUAGUUUUAUAUAAUAUUCACUGAAAAGUGGAAAUAAAGAGUAUAUAUAGUUGUUCCCUAAUGUAAGACUAUAUGAUAAACCACUGGUUACAAAACAAAAGGAUACAAAUGUCAUGUAGAAUUCAAAGAAAUGGUGACUCAAAUCUUUAACUUCUGUACUGGAGCAAUGUGAUAUCAUUUGAUCCACCUAAUUCGUAACAGGGUUUUUUUCGUAAAUUGCGGCUUUAAUUUACAAUAUCCAAAUCAUUCUGGUCUGUUUUAUAUAUUAGAUUUAUGGCAAAAAUGUAUUUUUCAUUAUUAAAAUCGGGUAACGCCACAAAUUUGAAAAAUAAUCUUUUUGGAAAGAUAACAAACCUGUUACAUUAAAAUGUUGCUUUUGUGAUAAAUACUGUAUAACAAAGAUUUACUCAGUCUGAAAAAUUUAUAACAAUCCAUUUACUAAGGAAGUAAAUUUAAAUUUAAUUUCAACUUGAAUAUCAUUGUGGAACAAUGGAAAAAGUCAGCAAGAUACUUUUUGGAUACAAAAUGCAAAACUUCUUAAAAUAUUUUCCAAUUUAUUGAGUUCCUAUUACUACCAUCCGUGUUCUGAAUGUUAUGUAAUAUAAAUGGUACUAUCCUAUAUCUAAAGACAAUACAAGGAAAAUCAUUUGUUUCGGAAAAGUGGAUAAAACAAAGAAAACAAACUGACGAUUUUCCAAAAAUACUUUUAGUGUCAAUAAUGUUAUCACUUCAAAGUCAUACUUAUAAAAGGUUUAUUGAAUUAAAAAAGGUUUUUCUGAUUAAGUAGUAAAAUUCUCAAACCAUUCAAAAAGUACAGCCAAACAAAUUUCUCUCAAUUUUCUUUAAAUGACAAGUAAUAUCGAAAAUGUGCUAGGCCUCCGAUUGAUGUUACAAUGAACUAUUUUGUAUAUGGUGACUAUACAGCAUAACUGGGACUUUUUUGUUUUGUUUUGUUUUUCCUUAUCUAGUUUAAUAUAUGUAACCAUAGUAACAGCCUACAAUUUUAAAAAGAUUAUGCGCUUCGCCUGGCUACAGCUGUAACUUUUUGUAUUCAAAUAGGUUUAAGACAUUAGAGCGUGGUUUUGGUUUUUAUACUAAUGUUUGUAUCAUAAAUAAUAAGUAUAUUCAUUGUUUUAAAACAAAAAAGAAAAAAGUAUGCUUUUACGUUUGAUUGUUUAGAGAAUAAACUCUGCAAAAACAUCCUUUGAACCAUAGAAUGUAACCAAGCAAUAUAAUAGCAGACAGUUUGAUUUAUGAGGUGGAAAGUGCAACACCCGACACGCACGGCUUAAGUGGACUCAAAUGUAUCCCAUUUUAAUCUUUAACCUUUCAAAUCUGAAAAUCUCAAGUAAUUUUCUUCACUAUUUCAAGAGUUAAAAGGCUUUUAAAGUCACCGAAGGCAUUUUGAGACGUGACUUGACGUUAAACACGUCAUCAAAGCAGUAUGACGUCGUCGUGCAUGGCAUGCAUUGUUCAAGUCAUUACCGCAACAAAUUAUGUGUAUCACUGCGAAACGUCAUACAUCUGAAUAUUUAGGAACAGUCUAAAAUGACAUAACUGAAAAAUAACUUAAACGUAUAUUUUUGUUUUCAUUAUGAGCCUUUAUCUAUACACCUCUAUAUUUUAGUAAUGCAUAGGUGCUUUGGAAUUUCCGUUGUCAUGACAACACAAAUGAAAUUUAUUUGUAAAAUAUGGUAGAAUUUGAUAGGCUUUACAUUACUGUAUUGCAAUGUACUUGUUUCUAGUUUCUGCAUGAGCAUAAAAAACAAUGAUUUUCCAGUAUUUUAAAUUAUAUAGCAUGCACUAUUAAUAUGUAUGAUGUCACUGAUACAGGUUUUCUCAUGGAAUGACCCAUUAUAUAUAUAUAAAAUGUACCAAUAUUGUUUCGCCCAGUUUAUAUAUUUUUAUAGUUUUAACUGAUGUACAUUAAAAUGAACUUUUACUUUUGAAUUUAAUUGAUUCUGCAACAUUGAUUUAUCCAUUUCAUGUAUUUAUAAAAUAAAACUAAUAUUACAAUUA